AGAUAAAAUUAUCCGGAUACUCUUGAGAUGCACAAGGCAUGAAAAAGAUGAAGAAAAGAGGCUGAAGGAAUUCAUGUGUUUUUGGAAAAGAAGACAUUGGCGAACUAAGGUAUAGACGUAACGUCCACUACGUAACUCUAGCCAUUUAAUUGAAGGUUAAAUUGUUGCAAAUCGAUGACGAAAACCUGGGCUUCGAAAGGAAAGUCACUACUUGACAAUGCUCGUCGUGCCCGGAUUCGGAAGAGUGCCAAGAAAGAAAGAAAGAAAGAGAGGCGUGUUUCGCGCAUAGUAUUCGCUAACCAGGAGACAUCGACCUUGAUAAAGCGGUAGUUGGGGGUCGAACAACAGUGGUAUAAAGGCUUUUGGCUUUUGAUUCGCAAAGCAGAUUCUUCGAGUUCUUUCUCGCUCCAAUAGCUCUAUAUCCCUUCAAUCGUAAACAUGUUCAAGCUGUGCAUCUUCGCCGCCAUUUUUGCCGCUGUUUGCGCUGCACCCAAACCGGGUGCAGUUCUGGCUGCACCAGCAGUCGCAGCAGUGCCAGCACCAAUUGUGACAGCCAGUAGCAGCCAAGUGAUCGCCAGGAACUACAACACCUUGGCAGCUGCACCUUGCAGCUGCACCCUUGGCAGCUGCACCCUUAGCAGCUGCACCCUUGGCAGCUGCACCCUUGGCAGCUGCACCCUAUGUAGCUGCACCAUAUGCAGCUGCACCCUAUGUAGCUGCACCCUAUGCAGCUGCACCCUAUGUAGCUGCACCCUAUGCAGCUCCACCCUAUGUAGCUGCACCUUACGCUGCAGCCUCCUUAGCGGGUUAUGGCACCCAUGCCGUUGCUCCUGCCGCUUAUUCCGCCUACUCGGCGCCCGUCAUAGUAUAAUUUGUUUGUUCACGAAUCGACCGGACUUGGAUCUCUCCAGAAUAACGAAUAGAUGGAUUUUGACGGUUCAAGCGUCGCUCAAGCCUUUUCAUCGUGACGAUAUUAAGUUUGUGUAAUGCUCUAGAUAAUUGCAAUAAAAGUUUCCAAUU